CAUCAAAAAAAAUCACAACCCUCUGUUUCCUACCUAUACCUCCAUGCUCUACCGUACCGGUGGUAGUUGAGUCUCUUUAACGUUAGUUGAGGAAACCUUGUCUCGGGAAUUUAGGAAAGUGUUUGUCCUACUCCCAUUACCUUGAGAGUAUUUGGAAUAAGUAGAACAAUCAUCAGCAACAACAACACUUUGAAGUCAUCGUGACAAGCUGUGAGUGGAUAUUUAUAAAGACAGUCGAGGGAGAGAGUGCUCUUUUUGAAGCCAAAAGGAACCCAAUUUAAGCAACUGCCAUCCUUUGAAGAGUUUGCAAGUGGAUAGUCAAACUGCUAACUGCGAUACUGCACGUCACCUGCCAGAAAGAAAAAUCCCCUUGGAUGAUAUGUUGAAAGGCUUUUAUAUUGAACGUCAGCCACCAGAAAUAUUUUAAGCUUGACCGAUGGAACAGUGCUUGUCCAUCACUAGGUGAAUGGGACCGGUCCAUCACUACAGAGUUUUGUGCAGCUCGCUGUCAUUAGCUGUUGGGAACUACAGGGCUCUGGAAGCUCCGAGAUGGGUGACCGUCGGUAUUUUGUCGGCCGUAGUCCAGAUGAUCAGUUGAGGGAGAAAGCCCGGGCCUUACAGCUUCUGAGGGAGACUAAUCCGGAGUUCAGCCCCAGAAAACAGGGUUACAGCAGUCCUGCGUCCAUCAAGCAUAAUGACAUCCUCACCAAACCUUACUCCCCUGCAAGCCAGGGUCCUCCCCAGAGGCUGACGUGGUCUCAGGAGAGACACCGACUGGCCAGGGAGAAACAGAAACUACAGGAAGAGCAAGAGAGAGUCAUGCAGGCCAAGAAAAGAUGGAGCAUACCGUCACAUUAUAACGUGUUAGAUCCUAUUGAGAAGCGACCCCAUAGUAACGAGGAACGUUGGAAGUCGGACAUUGCCGACCUCAUCCUGAAAACACAGGAGCAGUUACCACAGAUGAUAGUCAACCUGCAGAAGAUGAAGGAGGAGCUUGACAAGGACAAGAAGGCGGUGGAAAAUCGCGACUUUCUCCUAGCAGCACCCAAAUCUUACAAACCCUGGCAAAUGGCUGAUUACUACCUGGUGAGGGAUGUGCUGUUAGAUCUUGUCGAUGAUGCGGUGGAGAUAAGCGAGAGCAAACCCAAGCCCCAGCCCUUCCAAGACAAACUCCAAGACCAAGUUGUCUCAGCAGCUAUGCGAGAAGUGGAUGCGGUUCGGCAGCAACAGUGUCAGGAGAGGGCGGUACAACUGCUCGCAGAGGAACUUAUUUUGGAGAUGACCAAUGUUGUAGCCAGACAAACAGCAGAGGAAUACCUCAGCAUAGAGCACUAUGCAUUAAGCCUGAAACAACAACUUGUUAUGCAGUCAGCAGAGGCUGCAGCAACAGGGACUCCUACGGGGAGAACUGAAGAGGACCCAGCAUACGAUCUUGUCACUGACACUUACAAUCAGAUGACCAAAGAUAGGAGCCAGAAUAGGAAAGACACAUGGGCCCACAGCCAGAGACUGCACCUCCUACCGACACAGUCCAAUCCAGAGCAGAGUGUGGUUCUGGCUCCGGAAGAUUCCCCUCCACUGAACCUGCUGCAUCUUCCAGUCAGGGUGGGCCGGCCACCAGUCCAGAGCCCCGAAAUGAAGCACUUCAGGGAACAAGAGAGUGCUUACUGGAAGAUGUUUUCCACAGAGCAAGAAUCCAUUUUAUUGACCAAGAAGGUACAGGGCGUAGCGACUGCCGCAAUAUCGCCGCACCAUAGAUUCCUGGCACUCGGGUGUGUGCGUGGGGAUGUGUUGGUCUACAACCUGAGCACUAGCCAGUUUCUUCCCAUUCGCUGUAUACAGAAUGAGAGUGCACAGACGGAUGCUGUCAUACACAUAGCGUGGAGUAUGGAUAGCAGUCGAUUGAUUACUGUCAACGAAACGGGCAUCCUGCAAGUCUGGUCCAUGUCUUCCGGAGGCGUCUCGCAGAAGGACAUCAGGGACCUAGAACUCAAGACUCAGCCAGGGAUGGCUGCUGCCUGCCAGCUGACUCAACUCCUGGCCCUCGAUGCUGACAAGUCUGACUUCAACUUCAAGGAAGGGCCUUUGCAAGAGACAGGGGCACAAACGUCUUCAGUCAGUCCAGAGAUAUCUGUCUUCCAUCCAACUCACACAUUGCUUGCCACACAGAAUUCAAUCGUAGUUGGUCUUGAGAAUGGUGAUAUUCUGAAGUGCAACAGUGCAUCGACUGAUGCUGACCAACCAAAUAUGGAAACAGCUUCGCAUUCUCAAGUGAAUCAAGAUGAUCAGGUGAAUUUCAUUGGUGAGAAUGUUCCCGCCGAGCUGUUCCGCUUUCAUAAGUCUCCACUCAUCUUCCUUGGCUUUGUGGGUUGCCAUGGCGGCAUGGUUUCCAUGGAUACCAGCGGGAUGGUCUGUGAGUGGCAGUGCAGCAGAGAAACGUUCAGUCAUUUUGGCUGGUAUGAACCUAGUGCCAAGUACCAGUUCGAGCUGGCAGAGAGGGUGUACGCGCCACGGCCGGACGAUGUUCCAAAGAUCCAUUUUAGCGACGAUGCGCUCACUGAGAAGAAGGUGAGCCGACAGGAGAGGCUUGCUGCGAGAGAGAAGGCCCAGCAGAGACUGGACAAGAUACAGAUGGAGGUGCUGUGGCACAGGGAAAUGAAUACAAGCUCCACAGUGCUCCAGGUCUACAUGCCUAGUAAGGUGCAACAGGCGGGCAGUGUCUUCCAUGGGAUUGUCAGACACGCAACUAUGGACCAGCUGCUCAAGCAUUACACAUACUUCUGCCGACCCGCUAAGAAUUUCUGCAGCCGUGUUCUGAAGGUUCACCAAUCCCCCUGUGGCAUGAAGCUAGUUCUCAUGGUUCUCUUCCCUGCAUUUUCCCCAAAAGGUCCGCACAUCUCGUUUGUGGAACUGAACUUGAAGGAAAUGCGCGUCGGCGAGAUGCGCAUUGAUGUGAGCCUCAGCGAGGACGAGUAUGAGAGAUGUCUUAAUGAUGAUGUCUGCAGCUUUGGGAUGUCGCCAGUAGUAGCAGUCACCGGUACCUCGUACCUGGUGGCCUGCAUCCUGGGCACGGUGCGCGUCUACUCCAUGGAGACGACCUUUCAGAUCAUGGCAACCACCUUGGAUAGCCAGAGCGGGUCAAAGAUCAAGAGGGCAUUCGCGGAGAGGUCAUCCGUGCUGGUGUCUAUGUCCAACGGAAACAUCAACAUCAUAACUUACGCAGCGAAAUACAACUCAGUUGACGUCUUGCAAUUGGGUGACAAGAACACUGUGAAGGCAAGACGACGGGUCUAUGAGUCAUUCUUGAAUUGGAAGAAGAAAAAAUCUGAGGUUCCCCCUGAGCAGCAGCUCCGGCGUGGCGUUUGGACCAUGGACGGCGACACGGACCGUAACGUGGAGCUGUUUGCCCGCAGAAUGGUACUGCAGCUGGCCGACGUGGCAGUCUACAUAUCCGAGGACUUGGAUGUGGACUCCAACCGAUUGAAGCAGUUUUGGAUCGAGGACAAGAACAAAGCCGAGAGCAAUCUGCUGCAGAGAAUUUUGGAGCAAAGGAGACAGAACUCGGCUAGCGGAAGUGAUCCCCAGAGGUGAAGGACUUCAAUCAGCUCUGUCAAAGCACUGCACCAGCCUGAUCAAGACUGGCUACGAGCCUCAUAUUAGGAGAUCAGAGACCAGACUCUAAGGGAGUAAGAUGUAGUGUGAUUUACUUGUGUUCCUGAUUACAGAAGGAGCUCGUAAAUGUAAACUGCUCCAUCAAAGUGAGGAAUAAGUCCCUCUGGCUGUUUGUGGUAACAGUUGCUCAAUGCAAAUGUAACUCUCUUACUCGGUCAAAUGCAAAUGUAACUCUUGUACAUUAUGUAAAGAGAAAAACAGCACAGGAAAUUAAACAGUUGACUGUAUUGCAUUUCACUUGGUCUUGUUUAAAUUGAAGGCUACACACUGGACAAGGCCCUCAUGCAUCCAUGCACGAAGGCAAUACCGCAUCAUCCGCAUGUACGUUUUUAUAUUUAAAGGUAGGGAAGAUCGAUUGCCAUUUGUGCAUUUUUUUCGUUUGAAGCAACAAAGGUCCUCAAAAUCUAAAGAAGGGUGCUUAACAACUGAC